AUGGGGCUGAGCUUUCAAGAGUCUUGCGGACAAUCAUCUGUCGAGUUGACAAGCUUCCUUAGUAGGGUUCCAACUUACAAUCGCGAUUCGUUAAAAGCACCCCGACGUGAUUUCCGUUAUUUGUUGGAUUUUCCGCCGUCACUGUUCCUGUCAAAGUCUAACGCCAUGGAAGAAGCAAAGGUUGUUACGAAACCACAGAAUCUGCAGCAUCAUCAUCAGUGCACCUGCGCCAUACAUGCGCCGAAUCUCUCGUCCAAUCCAGCGUCUCUAUCCGGCUAUGGCGUGUCUCCAGGCGAGGCUGCUAGCGUGAGCGUCGAUUCGUGCAAUUCUUAUCGCGGACACAGCCAGCAUUCCUCCACCGCUGCCACAGCCGCCGCCGCCGUUGCAGACGGAGACGCGAUCGCGCCCACGUUUUCCGGCGCGUCCGGCGCCGUGAUCCCCGCGGUUGAAGCCGCCGGGGCUAGUGCCUUCGCGGCAGUUUCGCAGUUGAGUCCUGGCUCGCAUGAUCGUCAGAGCGGCUCGAAUAGCGACGCCACCGCUGCGGCUGCUGCUGCGACUGCGCUAUUGUUUCGGUCGCGGAAACCGUCGCUGUUGCGACCCAAUGCGAUGAAUCGAGUGGAAUGCGCGACAACUCGCGAUUCGUCGCCAGUGUUCGCGCAGAAUGUCGGUGCAGGAGCGAAACGGGGCGCCCGUGUUACCACGCAGACCGCGGGGGCGAUUUCCAGCGUCCUCCGCCUGGCGCCUUCCGCUGACGCCACGCGCGGAGGAAAAGGGGACGACAGCGGGCGGAGCGGAGAAGUGCAGAGGCGCAAAAGCGGGCAGGCGGAGCAGCGGUGGGAGCAGGGUGGAACCCGGGCGGAAGACGGGGGGAGUUUGACUGACGAGGAGGAGGAGGAGGGGCAUCGACGGAGGGUGCGUCUGGGAAAGGAGCGGCGGCUGGGGCAGCCGUGGAAUUCGGGGAUUUCCCCCGCCGGCCAGCGCGCGUUCCGCCGGUUGCUGCUCGGCGCGGACGGGGAGCGGGGGAAGGCGGAACGUGUGCUCAGCGCAUCUGCGGAAGCGGAGGCGGAGAGGCAGCAGGGGAGGGCGGGGAGCUUUGGGAGAGUGGAUCGGUGGUCGAGGCGGGAGCAGGGGCGGGCGGGCGAUGGGCGUGCGGAUGGUCCCGGAUGCGAUGAGGGCGGACGCGCGCUGGAGCUCCGCGGAAAGGUCGGGGAAAUGGCGGAGAAAGGGGAAGGGGAAUCGUCGGGGGAGAUAUCCGCGAGUGAUAUAAUGGCGAUUCUGAAGGGGUUGGGGAACAAGGGGCGGUGGCGCGAUGCGCUUGCGGUGUUUUAUUGGGCGCGCGGGUGCGGAAAGAUCGGCGGAAGCUGCGCGGAAGGGGAAGAGGCGUGGCGGGAGCGCGGGAACCCGAUGGUGUCGCUGGUGCUGCGCAUACUGAGCCGAUGCGACCGGCCGAAUGUGACGCUCUCUCGCGCGCGGAGGGCGCUUCAACUCUCCUCUACCCUCCCUUCUCCCCCCGACCCCUUUCCCCCCAACCCGUCGUUCUUGCCGCAGGAAGCGGACGAUCUGUUCCGCGCGCUCGUGGCGGACGGGUGCGCGCUCGAUGUAUACGCGUACACCGCGAUGAUGAGCGCGCUUUCGCGCGCGGGGCGCUUCAACGACGCGAUCGCGCUCUUCCACUCGAUGCGCGCGGACGCGGGCGUGGCGCCCUCUAUAGUCACAUUCAACGUGGUGCUCGCCGCGUACGCGCGCAAGCGCGGGUGCUUUCACCACAUGGCGGCGCUGCUGCAGGAGAUCCGGACCGUUGGAUUGACGCCCGAUGAGUAUACGUAUAACACGAUGAUUUCCGCGUGUGCUGAUGCGAUUGCGAAUGAGGAGGCGGGGGAUGCGCCUUGUGUUGCUCCUGCCUACAUCCAAGAAGCGGAGCGAAUCUUCUCCGAGAUGCGGGCGGCAGGGCUGAAACCGACACGUGUCACGUACAACGCACUGCUGGACGUGUAUGGGAAGGCAGGCCACGUGGCACUCGCCCAUUCGGUGCUGGAAUCCAUGCUGGCAGCGGGCGUGCGGCCGAAUCUGGUGACCUAUAACGAGAUGAUCAGCGCGUGCGCGCGCAAGGGGCUGUGGCGCGAGGCAAGGGGGAUUGUGGAGUCCAUGCUCCGCGGAGGGGAUGUGGAGGGGGAGGGGAAGGGGGAAGGGGAGGGGGAGGAGGAGGGGAAGGGGGAAGGGGAGGCGAAGGGGAAAGGUAAAAGGGAGGGGAAAGCGAUGGUUGGGGCGGAUAAGGUAGAGGGAGGAUUGGUGGUGGGGAAAGGGGUGGCGGAAAGGAGGAAAGAAGGGGUGAGUAGUGUAGUUGAGAGUGGGAGCGCGGAGAGGGAGGAGGGAGGGAGCGAGAAGGCAGGGGCAAGGGUUGGGGGGUCAGUGCAAGAAGCUUCGAGGAAGAAGGAUAGUAAGGAGGAUCUUAUUCUCCCUCCUAAACCGGAUGUGUUUUCCUACACUGCCCUGAUUGCAGCGUACGGGAAGGGCGGGCAGGUUGAAAAAGUGAGACAAACUUACCAGACCAUGCUAGAGCAGGGCUGUUUCCCAAACCUUUUCACCUUGAAUAUCCUCCUGGAUAUUUACGGGAAGAACAAGCUCUUUGCUGACGUGGCAUGGGUCAUGGAUGAGCUGGCAGCGAGCGGGAUCAAGCCCGACGUGGUGACGUGGAACACCCUGAUUCGCUGCUACGGCCAGGCGCAGAUGCUGCCGAAAGUCGAGGCUACAGUAGAGGCGAUGCGGCGAUCCGGCUGCCGCCCGAAUCGGCGCACCUACAACGGUCUGAUCGACGCGUUUGGACGGUGCGGAUCAGCCGCUGACGCAGCAGCGGUCUUCGAAGCGAUGAAGUGUGCCGGGCACACGCCUAACACUGCCACGUAUAUUGCUCUUCUUGCUGCCCAAUCACGCGAAGGCCUAUGGGAAGAAGCCGAAAGCACCAUCGAGACAAUGAGACGAACCGGUUACGCCCCCGAUGCGCUCGCUUACUCUUGUCUUAUUCACGCGUAUGCUGCAGCUGGUGAUGCAAGCCGGCUUCUAGACGCGGUCUCCCGGCUGGAAGCUACCGGGAAGAUUCCCAGAUCUACCUCCCCCAGGUGCCCCUGGGAGGUGCACAAGUCGCUGGUUUUGGCGUUUUGCAAGUGUGGGUGUGUGGGGGAGGCUGAGGUGGCAUUAGAGAGGAUGCGGGGGAUGGGGCAUGUGCCCGAUCUGGUGGUGUGGAAUGCGGUGCUGGGGAUGUACGGGCGGUUGGGGAGGGUGGAGAGGGCGGAGAGGGUGAGGGGGGAGAUGAGGGAGGGCGUGGGGGGGGACGUGGUGACUCAUAACGUGAUGAUGAGUGUGUAUGGGCGGGAGGGCAUGAGUGAGAGUGUGGAGCGCGAGUUUGAAGGCAUGAAGGCCAGAGGGGUUGCUCCGGACGCUGUCUCGUUCUCCUCGGUGGUUCUCACGCUCUGGUAA